AUGGAAGAAGAAGGUUUUGACCUUGUACUUCAACCUUUAAGUUUUUCUGAUAUUGGUGAAAAUAUUAGCCAAAUACAGAAAGCAGAAAAUACAAUGCCACCAUUAUCACCAGCUAUGGGGCUUAAACGAAAAAAAGGUGUAAUAAAUGGAAAGAAUAUAAGUCGAUCUACAUUGGUAAGAUUGCAAUGGAAGGAAGCAGCAAGAAAAGUUCUUCAUUUAGAAGAUCCGUGGGAAGAAUUUCAUUUAGAAAAAUUGGAAACUGAAGUUGUUAGAAGAUAUCGUUUCAGUGCUCUCAAACAAGAUUGGAUAACUGAUGAUAUAUUAGUAAAAAUUGCUAAAGAGCCAUUCAGCCAUGGAGCUAUGCGUUCCUGUUAUCGACUUUCUUGUCAAGAUAUUCUUGACACUUUGAGAUAUAAGAAAGUUGUCACAAAAUUUGUUCCUCAAAUCUUAACUCAAGAACAGAAACAUCAAUACCUGGAAGUUGCUCAGGAUUUGCUCGAAUGUCCUGAGAAAGACAAUAACUUUCUAAAAUACAUUAAUCAUGUGAUGAGCUGGGUCUACAGAUAUGAAAUCAAAACUAAAUGGAAAAAGCAUUCAAGUUUUGCACAUACCCACAGUUGGAAAACUGCCUGUAAUUAUGUUGCUAAAAGAUAUAUGGAGGAUGUUGAUAGAGAAGUAUAUUUUGAAGAUGUAAAACUUCAAAUGGAUGCAAAACUUUGGGGAGAGGAAUACAACAGACAUAAUCCUCCUAAAAAAGUUGAUAUAUUUCAGAUGUCAGUGAUUGAAUUUAUCAAUAGACCAGAUAAGCCUUUAUUUCACCUUGAACAUUAUAUUGAAGGACAUUACAUAAAAUAUAAUUCCAAUUCAGGUUUUAUAAGUUGUGAAAAUUUGCGUCUCACACCACAGGCAUUCAGUCAUUUUACUUUUGAGCGUUCAGGACAUGAAUUGAUUGUAGUUGAUAUUCAAGGAGUUGGAGAUCUCUAUACAGAUCCUCAAAUUCACACAGCAAGUGGUAAAGGCUAUGGAGAUGGAAAUCUUGGUUCAAAAGGAAUGGCUUUAUUUUUUCAUUCUCAUGUAUGCAAUAGAAUUUGCAAGAGUCUUGGACUUUCUGAGUUUGAUAUUGCACCUACUGAGAAAGUAUCAAGUCAGAAAUUUGCAAUAUUGCAGAAAUCAAGUAAAACUCAGGUCCGAGGUACAGAAGAACUUUGUUUAACCCCAACAGAAUAUGAAAAACAUCAUCUAAGAGAAUUCCUUUGUUCUCGUAGUCAGUCAUUUGGUAGCUCACCAACAAUGAGUCCUGUAGAUGAUCUUUCACCAAUUUUUCAUUUCAAAUUUAAAGAAAAUCAUGAUAGUAGUGAUGACACAGGAAACAAUUAUGGGGAUGAUAAUGAUAGUGAUGAAGAUCAUGAUUUUCUACAAUUUCAAUUUUCUCCAGACUCUGGAGUUGGAUCUUUUAAACAAUCUAGAAGACAACGAUACGAUUCUGAAAGUAGUAAUCUAGUAUAUGAUGAACAUGAAUGCAAGGCUUUUCAAGAACUAGUUGCAAGAAAAUCGCGACCAUCUUGUGUACUUCACGAAAUUGAAAUAAGAAAGUUACAAGAGGCAAAUGGAAAUAAUCAGUCAGGUGCUUCAGUAUUGGGUGAGAUUCAUAUUGAAAUGGCAAAAUAUCAUGAACUAGGACGAUUUACUCCUGAUGGGAAAGAUGAUUAUGAUCACGAAUCUGCUUUAUUUCAUUUGGAACAUGCUGCAAACUGUGGUAAUUUAGAAGCAAUAUUAACAAUGGCUAGAAUUUAUUUGCAGUUACAACAUGAUAUUCUUCAUGAUGUUUCUGUAAAAGAUACAGAGGAAAAUAAAGAAAUAGGAAUGAAUUACAUGUUACAAGCUGCACGAGCUGGAAAUAGAUCUGCUAUGAUUCAUGUUGCAAAAGCAUAUGAUACUGGAAAGGAUCUUGGAAAUAGAUUAAAGCAAUCAUGGUCAGAAGCUGUUUAUUGGUACAACAAAGCUAUUUCUACUGAAACUGCAGAUGAAAGUGGAGAAUUUGAUGGCUGCAUGGAGGAUCCUACAUAUUUAUUACUCGCUCGUCAAG